UCCUCACACUGGCACUUCCUCGCUCUCGGCGGGGUCGAAUACCCGGGAAACGUUGUCGGCUUCUCCAUUAUCUGUAGGGCUUCAACGAUAACCCGCCGAUCCUCCAUUGAAGUUUAGCUACCCAAGCUUGCGGUGCCAGUUUUCUCAUUACUCUCUUUCUUCUUUCUCUGAACAUCCUUAUAGCCUCUUAAAGGCGACUCAUUAAAGCCUUCCUCUCGACCUGUCGCUUUUAUGUCUGGCCCAAUAGAGUGCAGUCCUCCAGUCCCUUUCCUAUUUUAAAUUGUUCACGUAUGUAGAUCGGGAUGGUUGCCAAAUCUGAGUUCGUAACGGGAUGCUGACUUGCAUCGCUUGCACGAAGCAGCUUGGUAGCGGAUCGCUCCAUGAGUCGGAUGAGAACGAUGACGCCAUCGCGGGAACACCGAGCACUCGACAGGCCAUCAAGGCCCUCACCUCCCAGGUCAAGGACAUGGCCUUGAAGGCCUCAGGGGCUUACCGACACUGCAAGCCGUGCGCGCCUGGAAGGCGAUACGAGGAAUCUUCUAUAUCAGCUUCGGGAUCGGAACGAUUUCUGUAUUCUUAUCGGCGCGCUUGUGCCGGCAGCAGGAGCACCGGAUCGACGCCAAUUUUGCUUGGUCUGUCAAGCGGCGAGGGGUCGCCCUUAGCAAGAGGCCGGACUCAGUCAGUGGCGGCCGUGGUGGCGUCGUUCAUGGAUGAAGAGCCGAGGGAGUGGGUGGCCCAAGUCGAGCCUGGCGUUCUCAUUACCUUUUUCCCUUUACCCCAAGGCGGGAACGACCUCAAGAGGAUCCGCUUCAGGUACCUUCAUCUUGACGAUUAAGGAUAAAAGCUUUCGAUUCUUUGACUGUUUGA